AUGGAUCGCCUCACACAUAAUAACACCAACACGUGUACAUUCGUGUCGAACAUCCCGUCGGACGCUGCCGACAAUCCUGCAAUCACCAACUCAGAGAUCCCCGUAGAUGAGAGUCGUGAGAAAACCCACGACGUUAUCUCUGCAAUUCUGAACGGUGUCGCCACCCGAAACGGAGCCGCGGCUGCUGCACCAGGAGUGCGCACUCGAGCCGUCACAAAGACAGCGCCAUCGUCUAUCGCAGCUUGGGCGUCACCGACGCUGAUCAACUCACGUCAGCACUGCCGCGCUGCUGGGGAGAACGAAGUCUAG